AUGGCCAUCAAGCACAACCAGCAGAUCCAGAAGAACCACUUCCACAAGGACUGGCAACGCUACGUCCGCGUGCACUUUGACCAGCCUGGCAAGAAGAAGUCCAGACGCAACGCCCGCGUUGCAAAGGCUGCCAAGGUCGCCCCUCGCCCCGUCGACCUCCUCCGCCCCGUUGUGCGAUGCCCCACCAUCAAGUACAACCGCCGCGUCAGGCCCGGCCGUGGUUUCUCGCUCGUUGAGCUAAAGGCUGCCGGCAUUCCCCGCAAGUUUGCCCGCACCAUUGGUAUCUCGGUCGACCCUCGCCGCCAGAACCUCUCCGAGGAGUCCCUCAAGGCCAACGUCGAGCGCCUCCAGGAGUACCGCAAGCGCCUCAUCCUCUUCCCCCGCCGCAACGGCAAGACCAAGCAGGGUGACGCUUCCGCCGAGGACGUCAAGGCCGCCAAGUCUGGCGAGAACGUUGUCCGCACCAACAUCCUGCCCAUCAAGAACACGGUCGCCUUUGAGGAGGGUCCCAUUGGCAACUACAAGAGCGACGAGAACGUCUACAGGAAGCUCCGUGACGCUCGCUCCGAGGCCCGCUACCAGGGCAAGCGCGCUGCUCGCGCUGCUGCCAAG